UCGUGAUUGUACUGUAAUUUGUUUAUAUCUUUCAGUCGAUUGUCGAUGUCAAAUGUUGUCACGACUCACAAUAAAAAUCAAUAAAACUCGAUAGCGGGACUGUUGUUUAAUUUCAUGAAGAGGAUAGCGGUUAUUUAAAAAUGCUUAUGAAACGGAAUAUACUUGAAUGUAUUACGAUUGUUUCGUGUAGUACUGCUACAAUUUGCACAUUGCUUAACUAUGCAACUAAUAUUUCGCCACUAACCGGUUGGUGGUUCAUAAUUUAUACCUUAUUCCUAUUUAUCUUCUCAGUAAUUUUCAGUUUUAAAGUCAUUCAAUGGAUUUUACAUUUAAAUAAGCCCAUAAAAUACGAUAUAGAAAAUAUUGCGGAUAAAUAUCCUUUCGCACAUUUAAUUGCGAAUGUAUUGCCUAAAAUCCCAAAGAAAUCAAAACCUGCAGAGGUGAAGGAGUAUGACACCAACGAGAUAAGUGUUAUAACAACUGUACUUGAAAGGAAGUUGGUGUCAUCAUGGUACAUCCAUUAUAUUUCACAGGAAAUAAGUUUCCCAUUUGCAUGCAAACAAUUGCUAGAUCAAAUGGUCAGCAAAGCCUUCCAGAUAUGUAACAAGAUUGAAACCAAAGAUGUAUAUGUGCACAUUUGCGCGGUGCUAGUAAGCCAUAUAAAGGAAUACAAGAAAGCCAUCAAAAGACAGGAAAAGACACCAUCCGAGAGCAUAGAAACAUUGUAUAAAAAGUCACAUCCAAUCUUUGACACCAAGUGUAGAAAAACCUUGACUGCAGAUCACUGUAUUAACAUAAUAAGGAUCAUUUUAAAAGAACUAGUCCCUUGGGAGUUGUGGGACACACCCAAUUCCGAACUUCUCAUAAGGAUUUUAGCCAAGAAACUUGAUACAUUCAUAGACACCACAAUAGCUGAUCCAAUCUGGUUAAAUAAUGAGAUAUUGGCACUUUUAACUAGUUCUUCAAGUGCUAAAUCUACUGAUGGAAAUACAGAAGCACCAAACAAACCUGAAUGCCCUGAUGGUGCUAAAGAUAUAAAUGACAUAGAAGCUAAAGUUGAAGAACCAGAAGAUGUAGGUGAUGUUCCAAAAAGUGAUAGUGUCAUAGAACCUGCCAAGAAAGAGGAGAUCAAAAAUGAUAAGUGUGUAGAAGAAAAAGAGAUAGCGCCUAUUUCAGAGCCCGUGGAGAUAAAGCCCGUGCUCAGGCAGAGACGGGGCAGACAGGGCAAAAAUGAAGUUAAAAUAUAUGACAGAAUCAUCGAGGGUAAGCUGGAAAGUAGUGUUAAAACCUGGGAAACAGAUAUGGAUCUUCAGUGCAUCAGCAUGGGUCAGGAUCUAUUGGCCAGUUUGGACGAGCUGACCCUCAGUCGCCUGUGGGGACAUGAGGAUACUGAGCAUAGCCCUAAUCUACGAGCUGCAUCACCACAGCCAUUGUGGUUUGGUGAAGAAGACGCAAUAGAAUUAGACCCUGAGCCACAUAAAGAAACGAAAAGCAGCCCUAAGGCUACGGAUGCUCUACUCAAAGACCUGCAAAGCACAGUCCACCAAGCCAAGACAAAGAUUGGAGACCUACAGGUCCCGUUGCACGUAGAUGUCAAGCAUUCCAGUGAUGAAGCAGCUGGUAUGAUGGAAGGUCUCUUUGACAAAGGGAUCGCUGGAAUUAAGAAAGGUCUGCGCUUCACAGGACUAAGCGAUGACUCAAUGGAAAAAUCGCCCUCACAUAACAGCAGAGACAAAAGUGAUAAAGCAUCCCCACCGGAAACAUACAAACAGAAGGGCAGACUUGAGAUGAUCACCGAGCACAGGGAUAUUAAGGAUGUCAACUCUACUCAUAAAGAUGACGGCAACUCGGUGCCACCGCUUGUUAAACAGCAACGUGUCACGUCACAGGACAGUACGAUGCAGAGCAAGCCAAAACUGGAACAGCAGCCGUUCAGUUUGUCCGACUCUCCGGAGCCCCAGUACGAGGAGACCGCAGAUCUGUCUCACACAAUUGCCAAGUUGCGCUCUUUGCUCAACGAAGCCACGCCCAGGAAUGAAGACAUAUGGUGGGACAGCGCGGAGGAGACGCGAGGCAGGACACACCUCCUCCCCUCCCCCUCCCCCAGGAACGUGGACACCGCAACACUUGCUGACGAAUACGACAUGAGCUUGGAGAGGAAUGCGUCUCCCGGACAGAUUUCAAACAACAUGCAGCGGCUUGACAGGUUGUUCCAGCGCACAGUGACGGGUGUGUUCAAUUCGAUCAAAACGGCGGUCGGGGCGGAGGGCGAGGGCGAGGGGGCGGAGUGCGGGGGAGAGGGCCGCUGGCACUAUGUGUGCACCUCCAUGGAGAUCAGCGUGUGCGGCGCGGUGGCGCGGCUGGUGGGCGCGCGGCGCGCGCUGGCGCACGUGGACGCGGCGCUGGACUCGCUGCAGCAGCUGCCGCCCGCGCGCGCGCCCCACCACGCCGCCGAGGACUUCGAGGAAUGGUGCGCAACGGAAGGCGCGCGGUGGUGCGGCAGCCUGGAGCUGGCCUGCGCACUGGGCCUGGCGCCGCACCACGUCACCUUCCGCCUGGCCUCGCUGCUGCUGGCCGACGUAGCCGAAACGCUGAUAUGUGGCUGGCUGGAAGAACUCACGAUGUGGGUGAGGAAGCAAGUGUUUGAUGUGUUCGAGAGCAUGUCCGAGGCGGGAACCGAACCCGUGGCGAGCGAGGUCAUGCGGGAGCUGAAUGUAGAUGAGACGGUGCAGGUCAUCAUGGAGAAAAUGCCAGAAACGUAUAUAUUCGGAGAAGAAUCGUUGAGACAAGCUUUGCUACUGCUGCUGACAAGUUUUACCAACAAAAACAUUAAUAAGGACGUCACGUUUCGGAUGCUGGAUGUAUUUGCGGCGCAUUUUAAGAAAUCCGCUGGACUGAGGAACCCUUCGUUUGAUAAUAAUUAAUGGAUUAAAUCAAUUAAUUACAGUCGUAGAUACUACUUCAGAGUGUCGGUUUUGAUGGAGAUAGAUAAGCCAAAAGAUAUUUGCGCAUAAGAAUCUUUUUCGAGGGUUGGUAUCCACGUGCGAUUUGCCAAGGAUGAACUAAAUUGAAAAUUUAGUUCUGUUUUUCCUACCUAACCUUGACAUUUUAUGUAUAUUGUUUUUAUUGUCAUAGCGGGCAUUAUCAACCAACUUCAAAAAAGGAGGAUGUUAUAAAUUCAGCUCGAUUUUUUAGCUUUGUUAAAUCAGAACUUUUGACUGGGUGACCCGAUUUUUAUAAUCAUUUUUUUAAGUGAACAACUUUCAAAUAAAAGAGGAU